GUCUCGCAUCAGACCUGGUAUACCCUUAGGAGGAUCACUGUGAACUAGUUCAGUUUUGGGAUCAUUAGGAGGCUUUCGAGAAGAGGCCUCGAUGGUGGAAUGGGAGCGGCGACUUCUUGUAUGAUAAUUGGACGAUGAUGUAUGCCGAAAGCGACAUGGCACUUUGGGCGUUUUGCGGGUGCAAUUAUUCUCUUAUUCAAGUAUAGACUGGGCUUUGGGCAAGCUGAAAUAAAGCGAAUCAGAGGACCUCAUAAAUUGAGGUCCCUGAUAGUGUUAGAGGCAGAACAUGCUGUCCUCUUUAGUAGCCACACUCCAUGUUCUCUGGUCUUUGCUCCUCGAUAUCUUUGUGUCAAUCAUCGUCUGACUGUCCGAGAAGCCAACUACCUAGACUACGAAUAUUUAGGAUAAUAGUCUUUAGCCACAACAUACAAAGGUUCCCAUUUUCAAAUAGCAUCUAGUCUGUAUCAAUAUUGAAUGUGACUAUCCUAGGAGAGCAAUUGGCCUUCAAGACGUA